CUUAAUGUAAUGGGCUUAAACGAUUAGAUAAUCUCGUUUGAUGCAUUGCUGCGCCACAGCUGUCAGCCUGUUAGCCUGUCAGCUUGUGAAGGGACCCACUUUGAAUUGGCCAAUGCGUAAGUAGCUACGUAACCAUGUGGUGGGAGGUGAUGAGGUGCGUAACUUGUACUGGUAAGGCGCGUUCCCCGUCUGUUCCGUAUUUCGUGGUUCAGAUGGAUACGUAUUCUAUACAAUGUACAUGGAUGCUUUCCACCUUUACCAGCUGAAUGGUUAGACCUCAUCUUUUUUUCCCGACACAAUUGGGCGGAACCAAGAUUGGCAGCAUCACAAGAAGUUGAGGUGAGCAUUGAAUCAGGCUUGAUUCCCACCGCCCACCGCCAACCACCGCUGUUCUGUUUGUCGUGUGGCUGGGUAGGAUCCAGGUCAGGGCCAUCCAGGGCCAUCCAGGGCCAUCCAGGGCCAUCUUACAACGAGAGCAGGCAGACAAAUUAAUUCACUGCCGCAUAAUACAAUAUAACAACUCCUUCUCCCCUUCUUUUUUUCUAGUCAACGGCAAUGUCAGAAUUACAUUAGGAGAACUUCACUUGCUAGUCACUACCAAUUGCUAGCGAUUUUGAAAAUGGCGGGCAUUGAACAGCUAGAGAUUCACAGCAAGUCCUACAUUGUGCGAUGGGUUAAGGUCGACGAAGGUCAAACUAUCUCGUGGAGUGUUCAGCCCCAUAAGAAGUCCAUUAACUUUGGCAUCGUAAAACACCCCGGCUCCGGCGCAACGAAUAAUAACUCGGCUUUAGACAGCUUAAACGCUUCGGUUGAACAUGUCGAUGGUAGUGGAGGUCAGGGGAAGAAGGGCUUCGGCAAGAAAGAUGCUAGUACCGCACAGGAACAGUUAGCCAACAAGGGGUUCAUUCCUAUAAAAUGGCUCGGCAAAUGCGAGGCCGACAAAGUAUCUAUGGGAACAUGGGACGUCCUGAAGAAUAAUGGCGGAAUGUACGGCUUGAUAUUCGACAACACAUUCUCGAAGCAAACCUCUAAAACGGCAACAUUCGUGCUCCUUACCUAUCCCACCGGCGCCCCACCACAGGGAGCUCAUUACCUUCCAAAUCUCCAGGCCGGCUCCCAAUCGAACGCCAGUAAGACCAGUCUAGGGAAGCAUAGUCCAAGUCAAGGUGCUGCCGCGGCCGAUUCCAACGAGAGCCUGCCAAUUACCACAGGCCGUGGUCAACGGGCCAAGUCGAUAAGUGCUCGUAGUGAUGGAACGGUAACUUCAUCUACGUACACAGGCAUUCUCCUAAAGAGGCGGAGGAAGAAGGGCCAGGGUUAUGCCCGUAGAUUCUUCUCUCUCGACUAUUCAUCCUGUACGCUGUCCUACUAUCACAAUAGACAGUCCUCUGCACUUAGAGGCGCAAUUCCUCUAAGUCUUGCCGCAAUUGCUGCGGAUGAACGGAGGAGAGAGAUCAAUAUCGACUCCGGUGCUGAGGUCUGGCAUCUACGAGCGGCCAGUGCUAAGGAAUUCAACGACUGGGCACACGCCUUAGAGAAGGCGAGCAGGAUCGCAAGAGGACUGGAUCCGGUGUACGAGGAAUCUGUUCCGAAAGCGCUUACCGUAGCCACUCCGUCGCACACCAGUCCUAGUCCAUCGAAUGCUCAUCAUGAAGAGGACCGAGAAUGGCAACAAGUCGAGGCAUUAGUUAGUCGCAUCGUUGGUACGCGAGAUGCUCUGCGCCGUUUGGUCAAAGACAUGGCGCAGAAACAAGCGCCCCGCCCUCAAAGUUCGCACCUGUCGCAAGCUUCGCCGGCAAUGUCGGAGAACAGCGACGGUUACUUUACUCCGGCAGCGCAGGACAAGCGCCCGUUCUGGAAACGCAAACCGAGUAACUCACCCCUAGCGCCAGAUGCUAUGACGCCGCCCGCGUUGGCUGUUCCCACGCCGGGAUCAGUCAGUACGGCAACACCAAAUGGGGCGCGAAAGACAAGCAACCCCGAACAAGGGGAGGAAAAUACGCAUGAACACUGCACGGCACUCCUCAACGAUCUUGACUCAGUGGUCUCAGAGUUUACUAAGGUGCUUGCCAACAGCAAAAGAAGACGUAUUCCAGUACCCCCUUCUGCCACGUCCAGGAAGAGUCUCGAAUCGACAGCAUCGACCGAUGAAUUCUUUGAUGCUGAGGGUGGUGAGAUGGAAAGUAGGCCUCAGGUCAUGAUGAUCGACCGUCGUGAGAGCGAUGAGGAUUCUCAUGGAUCAGAGGCUGACGAAGCUGAAAUCGACGAUACGUCCUCCGUCUCAUCCAUACAGGAUGAAGAGCCUACUACUGCUAGCGGUGCCGCGGCUCUAUUCCCCAUAAGGCCUAAAUCCCUGCACCCCUUACCUGUUGACAUUGCAGUCGACCGCCGAAAGACCAUUCCUCCAGCCACUGUACCUCCACCAAGCCUAAUCGCUUUCUUCCGCAAGAACGUUGGUAAAGAUUUAAGUACGAUCAGUAUGCCGGUCUCCUCAAAUGAGCCUAUAUCUGCUCUCCAGCGUGUUGCGGAACAACUAGAAUAUGCUCAACUUCUUGACCAAGCAUCGCAGCAGAAGGCUCCGAAGGAUCGUCUAUUACUUGUCACUGCUUUCGCUAUUUCACACUUUAGUGUUAACCGAGUGAAGGAGCGCGCUAUGCGCAAACCUUUUAACCCCCUCCUUGGUGAAACAUUUGAGCUUCUUCGAACCGAAAGUGAAGUACCCGGUGGGUUUAGGCUCCUAGUUGAGAAGGUCACACAUCGACCGGUUCGCCUCGCUAUGCAUGCUGAUGCGGCGGCUUGGUCGUUGACACAGAGCCCUGCUCCAUCGCAGAAGUUCUGGGGCAAGAGCGCAGAGUUGAAUACUGAAGGACGGGUCCGUCUAACACUACGAUUACUAGAUGGCACUGAUGAACUCUAUUCGUGGAACAUGGCUACUAUGUUUCUGCGCAAUGUCGUCAUGGGUGAGAAGUACGUCGAGCCGGUUGGAAUAAUGACCGUCUGCAACGAUUCCACGGGGGCAAAAGCCAACAUAGAAUUCAAAACCAAGGGCAUGUUUGGCGGCCGAAGCGAGGAUGUCGAGGUCGAUUGCUGCGAUGCAAGCGGCUCAUCGAUGGGAUAUGGCCUUGUAGGCAACUGGACGUCGUCUCUCCGCGUCGUGGAAGGCGGCAAAGCAACUAAAAAUGAAAUAUGGAAGGCUGGCUCGGUAGUUCCCAACGCGCCAAACACCUAUGGCCUGACGUCUUUUAGUGCUACACUCAACGAGACGACGCAGAUUGAGAAGGGGCGGCUACCACCUACGGACACCCGAUUACGUCCUGAUCAACGUCUGGCGGAAGAGGGCAAACUCGACGAGGCUGAGGAGUCGAAGGUUUUACUCGAAGAAGCGCAACGCGCGAGGAGAAGAGAUAUGGAGGAGAAAGGCGAACAGUACAAGCCAAGAUGGUUUGUCAAGGUACCUGAGGCGCCCGAUGGAGAGGAGUUGUGGAGAAUGAAGCUUGGUAAGGAGAGCUAUUGGGAAGAGAGAUCCAAAGGGGAGUGGAAGGGCAUCGAACGUAUAUUCGAGGUGGCGACCUAGUUGACCAAGAAUUUGGUCUUUUUUAUGAUGAUAGACGACGUUGUUUCGUAAGAGACUGCACGAUGUGACGAGGUUGCCCGAAUAGAAGCUCUUGAUGCGCUGG